UCUGCCAUCGUCCAUCAGUUCUCUGUACAUGGGGGAGUUGGGGUGUCGCGUGGACAGCGGCUAUGCUCUCUUCGGGACGCUAGACUGGCUGCGCAUGUGCGAGUGAGGGCAACAGCAGGGAACGAGGUGGACCCAAGUCUGGGGUACCACUGCAGCUGAGAGAGGCGAGGCCUGCUGAGAAAGGCGGGGCCUACCGGGACCAGGGGCGGAGCUAGAAGGAGACCGCAAUGCUGUGUGGCUUUUGGGGGCGGGGAAGGUGAAGCUCGGACAAGGGGCGGGGUUUGAGGUGGGUAGGGCCGCCAGCCCCAGAGUUUUGGAGCUUGGAACUGAAGUGGGUCCUCUGGGAAGCUCCUGGACAGCGGAGCAACCCUUCGUUUGUGCCCCCAGUGUGCGUGUGUGGCUGACCCAUCUCGCGCAGCUCAGGAGAAGGGGUUCACUAAGUUGGGGUGCCUCUUUUGGGGAAAGGGAGGAUUGGUUGAGGUCUGCGACCAUGAAGGUCAAAGUCAUCCCGGUACUUGAAGACAACUACAUGUAUCUGAUCAUCGAGGAGCAAACGCGGGAAGCCGUGGCUGUGGACGUGGCUGUGUCCAAGAGGUUGCUGGAGAUUGCAAACCGUGAGCGGGUGUCUCUGACCACGGUACUGACCACCCAUCAUCACUGGGACCACACACGUGGAAAUGCGGAGCUGGCACACCUGCAGCCAGGACUGGCGAUCAUGGGAGCAGAUGAGCGCAUUAGUGCUCUAACCCGCAGGCUGGAGCACGGGGAGGAGCUUCGGUUUGGGGCCAUCCACGUGCGAUGCCUCUUGACGCCUGGCCACACCUCUGGCCACAUGAGCUACUUCCUGUGGGAGGAUGAAUGCCCGGACCCACCAGCCCUCUUCUCUGGUACCUUGCAGCCUGGACUCAGCCACCUACCCAAUUCCACUGUGCCCUCCCUUCCCCUUUCUGACCCUCUUUCCUCCCUAGGGGAUGCUCUGUCAGUGGCAGGCUGUGGCUGGCACCUGGAGGACACUGCCCAGCAGAUGUACCAGAGCUUGGCUAACACCCUGGGUACCCUUCCACCCCAGACGAAAGUGUUCUGUGGUCAUGAGCAUACCCUGAGCAAUCUUGAAUUUGCACAGAAAGUGGAGCCCUGCAACAACCACGUACAAGCUAAGCUAUCCUGGGCCCAGAAGCGGGAUGAUGAGGAUGUACCUACUGUGCCUUCGACGCUGGGUGAGGAGCUCUUGUACAACCCUUUCCUUAGGGUGACAGAGGAUCCAGUUCGUGAGUUCACAGGCCAGGUGGACCCUGCCCAGGUCCUGGAGGUGCUCUGCAGGGAGCGAGCACGCUUCCAGCUUGAUCUGGAGCCACCACAGCCCCAGGCCCGGGCUCUCCUGGCCUUGCAAUGGGGGCUUCUGAGUACACCACAGGAAAAGUGAACUGUGUGGGGAGCCUGCCUGUACCCAUUCUCCUGACCUCAGGCUGGGCUCCAGAAACACCUUCUGAGGCCCUGUCACCCCGCUUUGAAGAACCAGCAAGUGGUGCCUUGCUUGUCUCUACUGUUCAUGGGGCCAUAUAGGCAGGAUCUCUGAUGGGCCUUAAGACAUACAUGUUCUGGGAACUGAGAAUGGCAAAUAAAACUUUG